AAAAGUAUCUUGGACAGCUACAAAGUUCCACGAAUUUGUAAUUCCCUUCCAGUUGUCAAAGUUGAUCUUUGACACCUUAUGUCAAACCCCUCUUUCUUUUUGGUUUUGCUGCUCUGAAUAAAAAUCAAAAUUAUUUUUCCACGUAUUCAGUUUGUGUUUGCGUGUCUUAGGGAGUCUACACAUUCGGCAGAUAAGUAUUUGUUGUAUUCCACUUGUACUAAAAAUACUAAAAUGGGAAAAAUUAAGGCCGGUACCGUUGUGGAUAUCCUAGGAGAUGAAAUGACCAGGAUUAUCUGGGAUGCCAUCAAAGAAAAACUAAUCCUUCCCUAUUUGGACAUUGAUCUAAAAGUAUACGAUUUAGGAAUAGAAAACCGUGAUAAAACUAAUGACCAAGUAACAAUAGACUGUGCUGAAGCCAUAAAGAAAUACAAUGUUGGAAUCAAAUGUGCCACUAUCACCCCUGAUGAAAACAGAGUGAUUGAGUUCAAAUUGAAGCAGAUGUGGAAGAGCCCUAAUGGUACCAUAAGAAAUAUCCUAGGAGGUACAGUCUUCAGAGAACCAAUCAUCUGCAAAAAUAUCCCUAGGUUGGUUAGGGGAUGGGACAAUCCUAUUAUCAUUGGAAGACACGCUCACGCAGACCAAUACAAAGCUACCGAUGUUAUCAUUCCUAGUGCUGGUAAAUUGGAAUUAAUUUUCACUGGUGCCAGCGGUGAUACUCAGAAAUAUGUAGUUCACGACUACAAGGGGCCUGGUGUUGCAAUGGGAAUGUUUAACACCGAUGAUUCCAUCGUAGCAUUCGCUCAUUCUUCAUUCAAAUACGCUCUCGAGAGAGGAUAUCCUCUGUACCUCAGUACCAAAAACACCAUUUUGAAAAAAUACGAUGGUCGCUUCAAGGAUAUCUUCCAGGAUAUCUACGAUCGCGAAUACAAAUCUAGCUACGAAGCUAAGAAGAUUUGGUAUGAACAUCGAUUGAUCGAUGAUAUGGUUGCCUAUGCUAUGAAAUCCGAGGGUGGAUUUGUGUGGGCCUGCAAGAAUUAUGAUGGAGAUGUGCAAUCUGAUUCAGUCGCUCAGGGUUAUGGAUCUUUGGGUCUGAUGACAUCAGUUCUGAUUUCCCCCGACGGUAAAACAGUUGAAGCCGAAGCUGCACACGGUACAGUAACAAGACAUUUCCGAAUGCACCAACAAGGCAAAGAAACCUCCACCAAUCCGAUCGCUUCCAUUUUUGCUUGGACCAGAGGACUUCUUCACAGGGCCAAAUUGGACAACAACCAAGAAUUGAAUAAGUUCGCCCAUGCUCUUGAACAAGUUUGCGUUGAAACCAUCGAAUCCGGCAGCAUGACCAAAGAUUUGGCCAUCUGCAUCAAGGGCAUGAGCAAAGUAACCAGAGAAGAUUAUCUGGAGACCUUCGAAUUCAUCAACAAAUUGGCAGAGAACCUUAAAAAGAAGCUUAACGCUUAAAACGUUUAUUCCUAUGCAAUCCAACUUGAAAAGGCGUAUAUCUGGAAAAUGGAAAAAGAUUGUUUUGUGUAUUUUGUACCAACGAAACUUAUUUGAUUUAUUGUACGAUAAAACUAUAGAUUUGUUGUGUACAUAUUUGUCGAAGUUUUUUUGUCUUAGUUUAUAUUAACUUCCAGUACAUUUUACACUAAUUUUACACCAUGAAACCACUAAUACAGUAAUAAUCCAUUACAAAACCGCAACCAUAAACUAUAUAAUUUGCAGAAAAUAUAAUUUUCUUCAAAUACCAUGUUAUUAUUUAUUUAAAAAUUUGUUGUUAAUUAAUAUAUUAUAUUAUUUAUGUGUUUUAUUUAGUCUUUUUCCAGUUUUACAUUGUAAACGAAAUACAUCUUUUUCGCUAUUUUUAUACUUUAGAAGUAUUUUUAAAAAGUAUUUUAAGCAUUUUGAUAAACACAUAUUGUGACGUUUUUAAAAAAUCAUUGUAAACGGGCGAGGCUGAUUUUAUUUUAUUAAAAAUUUAAAAAGAG